AUGUUCAAUAAGGAACGACCAUACCACGAUGACAGCACCGCUUCCCGUCUGCUCAGCGAAGUUAAGCAUCGUCGGGCCAGCUUUAGCAGAAAGAUGGCGGCAAUCUGCUGGGUUUUCAUUGUAUUGAUGCUGCAUUUGUCGUUGCCGUUUGUCUUUGCGUUGAGCACUCCAGGAUUGACAACCAAAAAGAGCCAACGUCCCAAGGCUCCCCAAAGAACGAGACCGGCUGCGAAACCUUGGCGAUAUUCCAGCCCCAAGAAUUCGAGAUGGGAUGUUCGUCAUACCAAGAGUUUUCGAUUUGAACUACUACUGAAAGCGUCGGGAACGUUGACAUUGCCCAUGCACAAAAAGCCCAGAGAGUCUCUGUCGCACGUCUUGGGCAAAGGGUUACUCUGGGCGCUCUUUCAAGACCGUUAUGGGUCCAACCCAACACAGACCAUACUCGUCGAGACACCCAUUCCACAGGAACCUCGCUAUGUUCCCGAUGUCGUUGCCUUUCAUCACCCGAAAAUAAUAAUACCAUCUGCAGCACAACAACAACAACAAGACGACACUGCUCUCCUGCAUUCGUUCUUGGAACAUGACAUUCAGCCUUCCUUUUGGGGUGAAUCGGGACGAAUGUCGGCCGAAAAGGCGGCGGAUUUGGCACACAAGUAUCCAAAUACCCAUUUGGUGCAUUUGCGGUGGGGAUCCGGUGAUCAAAAUACCCAUGCUGGAUUCUUUGAAGAGAUUGAAACGGCGAUACUACCGUCUCUCCAUUACAGGACGGCACCGUUUGAGUUUGCCUUUUUGGCACGAGAGCCAAAAAGUUGUGUAGACGAGGAUGGGGUAGUGAGAAUAACAAGGGACGAUGUGCAAUGGCGAACGGCAGGUUUUGGCAUUGAUCGAAACUAUUGA